AUGAUUAAGUUUGUUCUCCAAGCUAUCCCGACUUAUAUUAUGAGUGUCUUUCUUCUUCCAGAUGGUGUGAUCGAUGACAUUGAGAAAAUGAUUAAUUCCUUUUGGUGGGGAGGUGGUGCUAAUAGUAAGGGGAUUAGAUGGAUGUCGUGGGAUAAGCUGACUUGUUUGAAGGAGGAAGGUGGCUUAGGGUUUCGGGACUUUAAAGCUUUUAUUAUGUCAAUGGUUGCUAAACAAGGUUGGUUUAUCAUGUCUAAUCCUGAAGCUCUCGUGUCCAGAAUAUUCAAAGCAAGGUAUUUUCCGAGAACUUCUUUCUUUGAUGCAACUCUUGGUUAUAAUCCCAGCUUUGUUUAG